AGAAACCAAGUGACGUCACUCGAAGUCGCAGAGCCAAACAUAAACAUGGCGGCUGUCGUGCGAGUAAAACGCGCCUUGAACGAGGAGCCAAGCGGCGCAUUGAUUCUUUCGUGUAAACGGAGAAAAACAGAGGCUGAAAAUGGAGACGCUGUGGAUACUGUAUUCAAAUUUGCCGGCACUGUCAAGGAUCAGGAGGAAAAUAUUGCUUUGCUCCAUCCAGAUAAGCUCACUAAGGCCGAUGUGAAGACUGCUUCUACACCUGUACCUAAUUUGUUGGGAAAAGUUCGUGCUCAGGCUAAGGCGUCUUCACAAGGGAAUCGGUAUAAGCUGGUAAACUAUUUCCGAACCCUUGGGUCCAAGGAUGAAAGUGAUCCUGAAAAAGAUGGCAACCAAAAUUCCAUAACUGUGCUUGAUGUUGAAUCUCAAUUGGAUUCAAAGAAUGUUGAAAAGGAUUCUAAGGCUUCAGAAAAUCAGUUUGAUGGAAACUCUAAAGAUCCUCAGUAUGUUUAUGACUUGUAUUAUAUUGAGGCUGAUGCCAAAGACAUUGAUGUGGAUGAUUUAAUGUUGGAUGGCCUUGUUAGCUUUGCUCCAGUCGAGAAUGAAUUGGUUUUUGAUACCUAUCGAAAUAACAGAGCAGAAGGCGGAAACAGUGAUAGUGAUUCACCUCUUAUGGAUGAUGAUGAUGAUUCCAAUGAUGAAAAUAAUUGGAGAAAUGAUUAUCCAGAUGAUGAAGAAGGAGGAGAUAGUGAUGGAGAUGGUGGCCUUGCGAGUCGUUUUGGAAAAGUCACAUUUGGAGAUCACGAGCUGAGCAGUGAUAGUGAUGAUGAAAGAUUAAUAUACAAUGAAGAGUUAUCACCAAGUGAUGUACGAAUGUAUGGUUUAGCUUAUGCAAAAUUUAAGAAGAAUGCUCUCAAAGAGUUGGAUUCUAGCACUGAAAUUAAUUCUAAUUCUGAUGAAGACGAGUACAGUAAGAGCGAUGCUGAUUCUGACGAAAAUGACUGAUUCAGAUAGGUACGGUAAAUUAUACAGCUAACUAUUUAUUCUUCUGCCAAUUCCUAUGUAAAUAUUUACUUAAGAAUUUUUAUUUCAUAUUAAAGUUGGGCCUUUUUAACUCA